AUGAAAUACGCACGAAUGCCUAUCGAGAUCGAAUCUCCCGAGGAAUACGGAUAUGAAAAGAUCAAAUAUAACCUCUCAGAGAGCUCCUGCUCCGAUCAGUGCCUAGAGUCCCUGAACCUCAAGAUCCCGAACCUCACUCUGCUCUACAACGAACACCGUGGUGGCUCGAAGCUGCGACAGCUCAUUGCGGAGCAGUCCGGCGUCACUAAAGACGAUGUACUCAUCACGUCGGGAGCGGCAGGUGCGCUCUUCAUCAUCGCUACGUCGCAGCUCACGGCUGCUGACCAUUUGGUGGUGAUGCGACCCAACUAUGCGACCAACUUGGAAACGCCCAGGGCUAUUGGCUGCGAAAUCAGCUUUGUCGACCUCGAGUUCGGAGCCGGCUUUCAACCCGACAUUGCUUCGCUAAAAGAUGCUUUGAGGCCCAAUACCAAGAUUGUGUCUAUUACCGCGCCGCACAAUCCUACUGGCACUUGCAUCUCUAGGGCUGAUCUGGAUGAGCUUGUUGCAAUCACCAAGGCCAACGGUUCCAUCCUGCUCGUCGACGAGACCUAUCGAGAUGUCAGCUACACUACUCCGCUCCCCGUCGCCUCGUCUCUCGCGGAUCAUGUCAUCAGCGUGUGCUCCCUAUCCAAGUCGUACGGGAUUCCGGGAAUCAGAUUGGGGUGGUUGACCACGCAAAACAAGAAACUACAAGAGACGUUCCUGGCUGCCAAGGAGCAAAUCUCUAUCAGCGGAAGCGUAAUAGACGAAUGGAUUGCCGAAUCCAUGCUAUCCAACAGAGACAAAAUCCUCUCCGCCACCAACGCGGAGCAAAAGGCUCGCCUUGACAUCGUAGCGGAGUGGAUCGAGAAGGAAGACCUGUUGGAGUGGGUUCGCCCCGUGGGCGGCGUAGUUUGCUUCCCUCAUAUGAAAACGGAGCCCGUUGGCGGCACCGCGGCGUUUUACAAGCGUUUGCUGGAGGAGCAUGGCACCUACGUCGGCCAGGGACACUGGUUCGAGAUGCCUGAUACCUUCUUCCGCGUCGGCUUCGCGUGGCCAACUAGGGAAGAGCUUCGGGGUGGCCUAGCUGCCAUCUCUCAGGCUCUCCGUGGUUAA